AUGAGGUAAAUUAGUUUUGUAUUAUCAACUAGUUUACCCACCAGGGUGGGAUUUCGAACGUUCAAUCUCGAUAAAAGUGUGAAAUUUCUUUUUUUUCAAUACCCGCUUUGUCGGCGCUUGUCAUGUUUACAUAGGACGAUCACGUGCGAUUGGAAAACAUUUAUCACGCACUGGUAAUAUAUUUAUUUAAAUAUCAAUUUUUGGUGAUUUUUCGAAAUUCGAAAUGAAUGAGUCGUUUCAACUAGACGUCUGGAAAGGGGAUUGGGGCCUUCCUUCUGUCGAUCUUAACUGCUUAAACAUUUUGGUCUAUGCAAAAUUUAGUGGAGCACCUGUCAAGAUAAAUCCUACCAAUAAUCCAUUCCGGACGCCAAACGGUGUGCUACCUGUACUCCACUGUGGUAGUGAGACUUUAGACUCAGUGAAAGAUAUAACUGCAUUUUUUCGUAAAAAGAAUUACACAGCCGAUUUUAGUCUCACUCCGAAACAAUGCGCUGAGGUCGUCGCAUAUGAUACUAUGCUUAAGGAAAAAAUUUACCCAGCACUGCAAUAUGUAUGGUGGGUUGAUAUAAAGAAUUACAAUGAAUUCAUACAGCCAUGGUACGCCAAAGCACUACCUUUUCCUUUCAAUUUCUUCUACCCUGGUAAAUUUGAAAGACAAGCUAAGGAUAUGAUGGAGUCGCUGUACCCAACUGAAAGUGAAAUCAGUGCUAUAGAAAAUGCGGUAUAUUCUGAAGCACAGAAGUGCUUGACAUUGUUAUCGACCAGGCUGGGAGAAAGAGAGUAUUUCUUUGGCCCUCACCCUACGUCUCUGGAUGCAAUAAUCUACUCAUAUCUUGCACCUUUGUUAAAAGCUCCACUGCCAAAUCCUGCAUUGCAAAAUCACCUUAAAGCCUGUAUAAAUUUAGUCAAGUUUGUAACUCGUAUAUCUCAGAAAUACUUUCCGGACAUAUGUCAGGAAUAUGAAAGAAAAAAAACUGAAGAAAACGUUAGAAAACUACGAAGAGAUUCAGAGAACGAAUUUCCCCACAAGAAAAGAAACCAAUUCCUUGCUGGCAUUUUUGCUACUGUAGCCAUGGUCGGUUAUGCGUUAUCUACCGGCAUUGUUGAGGUAACAAGAAAUGAUGACCGGAUGUUGGAAGGGCCACCGGACUACAUGGUUGAAGAUCACGAUAGAGACGAGUAGUAUUUUGUUAAAAUGAAUUCUAACCUUCAGAAGUGAAAACA